GGUGCAAGGACGCCGAACUUUCACAAGGCUGUAGAACAUGUGAGGACGAAUACGAAAGGUUUUUUGUUUUUUGUAUUUUGGUAUCUGGUGGGAAAAACAAUUAAACCCAGAUAUAAGUCUUCGCCAAGUAGAGAGGGAGAGGGACAGAGAAAGAGAGAGCGAGGAGAGAGCAGAGAAUAAUCUAACACACAUUUACUUACACACACCUACCUAUCCCACCUACACAUCCAUCAUGGACGCCGAUGAUGAUAUUCCCAUGCUAGUCGAUGUGGAGGGCAAAGAGGUGAAUGCAGAAGCAAAAGAAGCAAAGCCCAUCAAAGUGCCAAUUACAAUUGUUACAGGAUACCUUGGUGCUGGAAAGACAACGUUGAUGAAUUAUAUCUUGAAUGAACAGCAUGGAAAGAAAAUCGCUGUGAUAUUAAAUGAAUUCGGUGACUCCGCUGAUAUUGAGAAAUCCCUCACUGUCAACACUGGCAGUGAGCAAGUAGAGGAAUGGCUUGAUGUCGGUAAUGGCUGUAUCUGUUGUUCCGUAAAAGACUCCGGCGUCAACGCCAUCGAAACUCUCAUGGACCGUCGCGGCGCCUUCGACUACAUCCUCCUCGAAACCACCGGCCUCGCCGACCCCGGCAAUCUCGCCCCCCUCUUCUGGGUUGACGAAGGUCUAGGUAGCACCAUCUACCUCGACGGAAUCGUGACCCUCGUCGACGCCAAAAACAUUCUCAAAUCGCUGAACGAACCCAUCCCCUCUGAAAUCCCCUCAGAAACACCCAACCAGAACAAAUCCCACGCCAGCGCCGAUUCCACCUCUAACGAGGACCACGAGCAUUCCGGUCCUCAUCUCACAACCGCCCAUCUCCAAAUCUCUCACGCCGACGUUCUCAUUCUCAACAAGUCGGAUCUGGUAACUCCGGAAGAAUUGACAAUUGUCAAGGAGAGAAUCACAGCUAUAAAUGGGUUGGCAAAAUUACACAUUACGGAAUUCGGCGCAACGCCCCAAUUAGAAGGUGUCUUGUUGGAUUUACAUGCGUACGAUAGAGUCGAUUUCAAUCUAGACGAAGUAAAAGCAAAAGGACAUAGUCAUUUGGAUCCCACAAUCACAACCCUAACCCUCACCACCCCACCCCUCCCCCCCACCAGCGUCCCCCACCUCGACGCCUGGCUGCGCUCCCUCCUCUGGGACUCGCGCAUUCCAUCCUCCACCUCCUCUCCCUCCCCCGAAAUCCACCGUCUCAAAGCCCGUCUCCCCCUCACAAACCACACCACCAAAACCAUUCAAGCCGUGCGCGAAGUCUUCGAGAUCCUCGACGACGUAUCUCCCCAAACCACGCCUGCAACCACAACAGCACCCCCCACCAACGAAAUGGAAUCCGAUCUCCACAGCGAGGGAAAAAUCGUUUUGAUCGGAAGGAACAUUAAAGACAUGCAGGAUGUGCUCCUCGAGAGUUUUUUGAAUUGUGUGGUGGAGGAGAAGGGAUGUUAGAAGUUAGAAGUUAGAAGUUAAAAGUUGGAUUUUGGAGAUGGAAAUGUUGAAUGUAAAUAUCAAUGUAAAUAUAAAUCCACACACACACACACACACACACAUCACGUAUUACGAAUUCUAAAUAGGAUUCUACAUCUAUCCAUCUGCGAGUAUUCAUCGCAUUAUCACAUACAUACAUACGUAUAUAUCUACUCACUCAUUCAUCUGUUAUCCCAAAUACUAUUCAUAUCUCCCAAAUACUAUUCAUAUGUAUACA